UUGAACGCUGACCAAAGUUAUAUCAGAAGCCAUGGAUGGAAAUGCGAAGCACAAAGAUCGAAAAGUUGAUGAUGAAUUAGAUGAACUUCUUGAUAGUGCACUUGAAGAUUUUGACCGCAAAGCACCAUUGGCAACAAAAGAUAGCUCACAAACUAAUUCAGAAAACGGAGAGAAAUUGUCAGAUUCUGCCAAAAGUCCUGGCAACAGCCGAAAAUCAACACUGAAAACUGAGGGAAGUAGCAGUGCAUCAGCUUCAUCUCAACAGACCACUGAUAAUGCUCGUUCAGGAACUGAUUUUGGCCAAAUGGCUGGCCUAGAAGAUUUGGAAAAUGCAAUGAAAUCAAUUUUAGGAGAUGAACCAGAACUGUUGGCACAACUUGAACAGUUUGCACAAGCUGCAGCUAAUGCAGACCAUGAUAAUCCAUCAUCGGUGGCAGAUCUCGAAGCUAAUCUGGCCAGAACCAUGAAUCAUUUGGCUCAGAAUGCCAAAGAUUUAGAGAAUGCUGGUUCUUUUAAUGAAGAUUUCUUAAAGUCAGUGUCAGAUAUGAAUUUGUCUGGUGGUGAUGGAGACAUGGAUUUCCUUCCCUUGAUGCAGGGAAUGAUGCAGAACUUGUUGUCCAAAGAUGUACUUUAUCCUGCAUUAAAAGACUUGAGAGAAAAGAUGCAAGAAUGUGGACAGCCUCCAUCGGAACUUGUUGGAGAAAUGCCACCAGGGUUCACUGGGCCUUUUCCAGAGAUGCCGGAAGUGGCACCAGAGUUACCAGAUGAACUUAAAAAUGAGUGCAAAGUGUCUUAACCUUUGUAAAACAAGAACCAGAACAGUGCAGCAACACAUACUGCUUGCAAUGGACAAAACAAGCUCUAUGGAAGGGCUAUCCUAGUUGAUAUGUUUGACUGCCAGGCUACCAAAAAGAACAUCUGAGACAAGGACAGAAAAAUGAUAUUGACAUUAUUAUUUAAAAGUACUUUAUCAUUUCAUUUGUGUUAAUGAAAGAAAUAUUAUUAUUGGCCUGCAACUAUUUGAAUUGAUAUACUGCUGGUUGGUGCCACUGUUGUUGGGAAGCGAGGGAAGAUUUUAACAACUAAAUAGAAGUUAUCAUGAGUCAAGUUGGGAUGUUUCAUAAAACUUGUUUUAUAUUUAUUUUGAUGACACUACCAUUUCAUUUGUGUCUAAGAAUCUCAAUGCUCAGAUCAUAGUUUUAGUUUUGUGGCUGAAUGAUUAGUUUAGCUAUGGUGUAAUGAGUUAGCUGACUGUCCACUAUUGACAAUCUCAUUGGAGACAGUAUUGCUGUUGUGAAAUGUCUCUCCUUUAAGAAUGUUUUGAGUUACUUUUGGAUAGAUAGAUAAAUACUUUAGUGGUAAAUACUUUGCAGCAUGACCUGAAUUGGGUAUUCACAGAUAUAAAAUAAAUAUUACUAUGUA